AGGACAAGAUACUGGAGAGCUGAAUGCCAUUUGGAAACGUUACCGUGGAGGGUUCAUGAGGAGCGGACAGCUGGAGUAUCGGUUUGUCAGCUGACGACGUGGGAUUCCUGGCAACUGUUCCGUGGAGAGGACUCAGAAUUCUUCAUCGGAAUCAGCACGGCGCCCAACGCAAGACAUCAGCAACACAAACACAGAGGAGAGUUUACAGCAUCCAGCUCGAUGUCCAUGAACGGUGAAAUGUCCAGAGAAUUUCCUCCAGUCUUCAGUCAUGAACCUGGACCCUCAGUCACAAAACGUCAGGAACACAAACACAGAGGACAGUUUCCAGGUUCCAGCUCAAUAUCCACGAACAGUGACGCAUCCAAAGAAUUCCCCCCAGGCUUCAAUCAUGAGUCUCGACUCUCAGUCUCAAAAUGUCAGCAACACAAACACAGUGGACAGUUUCCAGGAUCCAGCUCGAUGUCCACGAACAGUGAUGCAUCCAAAGAAUUCCCUCCAGGCUUCAGUCAUGAAUCUCAACCUUCAGUCACAAAAUGUCAGCAACACAAACACAGUGGACAGUUUCCAGGAUCCAGCUCGAUGUCCACGAACAGUGAUGCAUCCAAAGAAUUCCCUCCAGGCUUCAAUCAUGAAUCUCGACCUUCAGCCACAAGUUUUCACAGAAAGAAGAGGAGCAAUAAUGUUUUUGUAGAGAAACCGGUGUCCUGCUGUUUGUUGUGUCAGGAUGUCCUGAAGGAUUCAACAAAAGACUUCAGUCCCCAGUGUGGAGAAAAAUCCAGAACCAGAGCCAACACAUGUCUGCAAAAGGUUUUAAAUGAGUUAAAGCUCACUCUGCGGAAAAGAUAUGAACAUGUGAUUGAAGAAACUGAAAAAACAGGAAGCAGAGCCCUCCUUAGAAUGAUCUACACUGAGCUCUACAUCACAGAGGAGCCAAGUGAAGCAAUGAACUACCACCAUGAGGUGAGGCAGGUGCAGAGCGCUUCCAAGAAGAAAAUCCUCCAUGAAACACCAAUCAGAUCUCAGGACAUCUUUAAAACCUUACCUGACCAACAGAGACCCAUCAGAGUGGUUCUGACAUAUGGUGUUGCUGGCGUUGGAAAAACCUUCUUGGUGCAGAAGUUCACUCUGGACUGGGCAGAGGGCUUAGAAAACCAACACAUCAGUGCGGUGAUUCUGCUUUCAUUCAGGGAGCUGAACUUGGUCAGGAAUCAGCAGUACAGUCUUCUGGAGCUACUUAUUUUUUUUCAUCCAACAUUGCACAGGGUCACAGCAGAGAAGCUCAUUGUUUGUAAACUUUUGUUCAUCUUAGAUGGCCUGGAUGAAAGCAGAUUUUUGUUGGAUUUCACCAACAGUAAACUAGUGUCUGAUGUCACACAGAAGUCAACCAUCAGUGAGCUGCUGUCAAAUCUCAUCGAGGGGAAUCUGCUUCCCUCUGCUCUCAUCUGGAUAACUUCCAGACCUGCAGCAGUCCAUCAGAUUGCUCCUACAUGUCUUGACAGGAUGACAGAAGUUCGAGGCUUCACUGACGCUCAGAAGGAGGAGUACUUCAGGAGGAGAUUCCGAAAUAAAGAGCUGUCAAGCAGAAUCAUCUCUCACUUGAAGACAUCCAGGAGCCUUUACAUUAUGUGUGGAAUUCCAGUUUACUGCUGGAUCACUGCUACAGUUCUGGAGCACAUGUUGACUACAGAGGAGAGCGCAGAGCUGCCCAAGACCCUGACUGACAUGUACUCACACUUCCUACUGGUUCAGACAAAGAAGAAGCAAAAGUACCAUGAAGGACAAGAGAUGAGAUGAAUAGAGCUCACCAGAACUGACAGGGAAGUUCUUCUGAAGCUGGGGAGGCUAGCAUUUGAACAUCUGCAGAAAAAGAACAUCCUGUUCUACCAAGAAGACUUGGAGCAGUGUGGUCUGGAUGUCACAGAGGCCUCUGUGUACUCUGGAGUUUGUACAGAGAUCUUCAAAAGAGAGUCUGUGAUCUUCCAGAAACCAGUCUACUGCUUUGUUCAUUUGAGCAUUCAGGAGUUUCUGGCUGCAAUCUACAUGUUCCACUGUUACACCAACAGGAAGACAGAGGUGCUGCAGGAGUUCUUUACUGAGGAUGAUAAAGGAAAUAAGAUAUCUCUGGAAGAUAUCUCAUCUCUGGAAGAUUUUCUGAGUAGAGCUGUGGAAGAAUACUUGCUUAUUCCGAAUAGCCACCUGGAACUGUUUGUUCGCUUCCUUAAUGGUCUCUCUAUGAAAUCAAACCAGAGACUCUUAGGAGGUCUGUUGGGUCAGACAGAGAGCAGUCCAGAAAUCAUCCAGAGAGUUAUCAACAAACUGAAGGUGAUUAGCUGUCAGGGCAAAUGCCCUGACAGAUGCAUAAAUAUUCUCCACUGUCUCCUAGAGAAUAAUGAUCUCUCAGUACUUCAAGAGAUGCAAGACUUUCUAAAGUCAGACAACAAAUCAGAAACGGAACUCUCUGGAAUCCAGUGCUCGGCCCUGGCAUACAUACUGCAGAUGUCAGAGGAGGUUUUGGAUGAGUUGGAUCUGGCGAAGUACAAAACAUCAGAGGAUGGACGAUGGAGACUAGUUCCAGCUAUCGUAAACUUCAGAAAGGCUAGACUUCAUGAUGUUUUUGUCUUUGGGGGUAGCAUUGGAUCUCUGGCCAUAGCACUCACUGCCAAUCCCUCACAUCUGACUGAGCUGCACCUGAGUUCAGUCAGCCUGGGGGAAUAUGCAGAAGAUCUUUUUACUCAUCUGGGACAUCCAAACUGUAGACUGGAGACACUUAGAAUUGAGAACAGUACUUUGUCAGAGAACAACUGUGCUGCUCUGCUCAGUGCUCUGAAGUCCAACCCCCCCUAUCUGAAACAUCUGGAUCUAAUAAGAUGCAACCUGGAGGGCUCAGGGAUGAAACAGCUGUAUGAUUACCUGGAGACUCCACACUGUAAAAUACAGUUUAAAAGAGUGACUUCGGUUUAGAUAUUGCACUGUGAUCGAGAUAAUUCUGCAGUGAUGACUGCAGUGGUUUUAUUCAGACUUCUUGAAUCUGUUCCAGAAGGUACAAAGACACAAUGACCGUGUGUCCUUAACUCCAAUGUCAAGCUUUGGUUUAUGGAUGAGGGCUUUGAAAACUGCUGAACUUCUCUUCAGUGGAUGGAGUACAGGAUUGACGUGAAACACCUCGUCCUCGGAGUGUGCUGAGGUCAUUUCCACUUCAGCUACUGCUGUAUGCCUUUACUUCCUUGAUGCCCCCAGUGAGUGUGUCAGUACUGGAAUGUUGACUUUCCUACACUCUGAGACAUUCAGCUCACUCAGCUAAAGGACACGUUGUAUUCAGUUUUGAUUUGUUACAGAGCAGAAUCUUCUGAAACAGGUUUCAUUGUCCUCAUUUCACACCCACCAACCCACUGAGGAGACAACAGUUAGAAUGCAGACUCAAAACACAGAGAUGUUGUCAUUUAUCUUGUGUUAAGGGUUCAGAAUUUGAGGAGGAAGACCAAAAAUAAUGACCACUGA